AUGUUGACCUCGCGAGAAGGAUUCACGGUCGACGUGAUUGCCAGAUGGCUCCGAAAAUCAGUCCUCAAUCCAUACCUCUCGAUACCGCUUGCAACUGGACUGGCGGUGGUAUCAGCAAAAAAGAACGGAGCGGUCGGACUCUCAGACAUCAGAUUUGACACCGCUCAGCGCGUUGCGUUCCUCGCGGCUCUAGCAAGCUUCGUCUUGUCAACCACCGAGUAUCUCAACAAAUGGUCAGCAAACAACUGGACGACAGACCACACAUGGGAUUUUGACAAAGAAAUAAUUGUUGUCACCGGUGGCAGCAGCGGCAUCGGCCACAGUAUCAUCAAACAUAUCUUGGCCAGAAACCCCCAGGCGACUAUCGUUGUUGUCGACCUGGCUCCGCUAUCAUGGGUGCCUCAGAAAGGUUCCAACAUCCACUUCUUCAAGUGUGAUCUGACCGACACAAAAGCGCUCAAGACUCUUUGCACGUUGAUCCGAACUCAAGUCGGCGAUCCUACCGUUCUCAUCAACAAUGCGGGAAUCGCACGGGGUUACAGCGUCAUGGAAGGCUCGUACGCAGACGUUGAGUUGACCAUCAAGACAAAUUUGCUCGCCCCCUUCCUGCUUACGAAGGAAUUUUUGCCGCACAUGGUUCGCACCAAUCAUGGCCAUAUCGUCAACGUCGGAUCGAUGAGUUCGGUGGUUCCCCCAGUGAGAAUUGCUGACUACUCUGCCACGAAGGCUGGGCUCACCGCAAUGCAUGAGUCACUUCAACUUGAGCUGAAAUACAUUCACAAAGCGCCAAAAGUUCGUCAAACGCUUGGAAUCUUUGGCUUCAUCCGAACGCCGCUGGUUCCCUUUGACCCCGGUCAGCCUCACUUCAUGAUGCCGCUCCUUCAUGUGGACUCGGUAGGAGAGGCCAUUGUAGAUUCCCUUUACAGUGGCUUCGGACGGACGAUCUACCUGCCCGGUAUAAUGUCAUCUGUGACAGCCCUGCGAGCUGGUCCUGAGUGGUUGUGGCGUCUUGCGAGGGAGACUACUGCAAGCGCGAAAGAUAUCGCGUAUACGCCAAGGCAAAAGAUUGAUGACACAACUGGUCAAUUUGAGAUGGUAGAACCUGCGGAGAAGUGA